AUGGACAUAAAUGGCCAGCAGCGCGGUCCGAACAGUGCAACCCAACCCACCGAAGAGAAACCAUCGCCAAACCGCAUUGCUCAUACACUGACAGCCUGCUGUCGCUGCCGUACCCGCAAGACUCGCUGCGAUCCUGGCCUUCCCCGCUGCGGGCCUUGCGAACGCGCGGGCGGUGGGAUUGUGUGCGAAUAUUACGAUCCAGCUAAAGGCGUCAAGAUACCCCGCAACUAUGUCGUCCAUCUACAGCACAAGGUACGCGAUCUGGAGAGACAACUUGCCGAACUGGAGCGGGACGAGGGGGAACCCGAUGCCGAAGAUAUGAUGCGCAUGGCGGCAGCAGUGAGGACACAAGAGUCGGACGAGGCUAAAUAUCUCGGGCCUUCAAGCGGCAUAACCAUAACGCGUCUGGUCAUGCAAUUGGCGAAACAAUUUACCGCCUCCAAAUCCAUAUCGGAAAUUGUGCCGGAUUCGCGGGCCAAGUCCAUCAAGGCGACCUUCGAUGAGGAGGACACGAAGCCGACAUCAAAAGUCUACCCGCUGAUUAGUGACGUUGCGGCCGAGGAGUUGCCGAAUAGAGAUCUAACAAACCUCUUGGUUGAGCUAUUUUACUCGAAGAUGCAUCCAAUGUACCCGAUUUUCCAUGAGAAGAGGUUCUUACAAGUAGUCGAAGACAUCUACAACGGUUCCAAGGAUGCCUACAAGAACUUCUGCAUCCGCAUGGUCAUCGCUAUCAGUCUGCAGAAGAUGGACACCCAGUAUGCCGGUCUUGCCGACAGUUACUAUCUCGCUGCACUGAAGUUCUUCGAGGAUGCCAUCAAAAAGAUGAACUUGCAGACUCUCCAGUGCUUUGCCCUGAUUGCCGGUUACUCUCUGCUUACGCCUACGCGCACGGCCGUCUACUAUGUUGUCGGACUGGGUGUAAGGCUGUGCCAGGCUUUGGGUUUACAUGAGGAGAAGACGAUUACUUUGGGGCCUGGAGGAAGGCCAGCAAAUCCACUCGAGGUCGAUAUGCGGCGACGUCUCUUCUGGUGCCUGCUUACUAUGGAAUUCGGCCUAGCGCAUUCCUUGGGGAGACCAUCAGCCUUUCCACAAGAGCACAUCGAUGUCAAUUUUUUCGAAUUGGUCGAUGACUCCUAUAUCACUAAAGACGGGGUUUUGAAUGCCCCUCAAGGGUCGCUCAAAAAAUGGGUUGCCAUCCACUUCUUCAAAAUGAGAAUGCUCCAGCUGGAAAUCCGGAGAAAGUUAUACCAAAGGAAGAGGCCUGAGCCAAAGGACGACAAACACCCCUGGUUCGCCGAGAUGCAGGCCAAAAUGAUCUCGUGGAGGGAUAGUUCCCCGGAGAGCAGCGAGAUCGAGAAUGGAGGCCUGGACAAGGUCUGGUUCAUUGGCAGAUACAACACAAUGGUUGUGUUCCUCUUCCGUCCUUCGCCGCAGGUCCCUCGCCCCUCCGCCGAAGCCGCCAUCAAGUGCUACGAUGCCUGUCAGUAUAACGUGUAUAUGACGAAAAGGCAGAUCGAAACCAAGAGCGUCGAUCUUACCUGGAUCUUCACACAAUCCAUCUUCAUGGCCAUCAAUACGAUAUUGUGGUCCCUUUCUUAUUCCGAGAUCCGCCGACUGCAUAGCCGAGAGGAGGUUGAAGGCCAUCUGAGCGUGGCGCUUGAGUCUAUCCGACUCUCAUCGGAGAGAUGGCCUGGUGUUGCGUCCGCGCUUGAACUGUAUAAGAACCUCAUUGCGGCGUGCAUGAAGAUCUAUGAGAAGGAUGGCGACAUUCCAAUCACGGCAGGCUCCCCGUCAGACAGCGCGUCAGUCGCAUCAAACACCAUCAUGGAUGGUAUCAACCGGUCCCGAACGACCAGCCCUGCUACGGCCUCUACAGCGUCGGUUCAAACGCCGGCGCCCGAACCGCCAUUCGGAUAUUUGCCAAAGCAGAAUCAAGCCUUCUUCAACCCUAGAGCAUCACAAACAGACGCCCCGAAUCAGGACACUCCCUCAGCCUCUCGAUCUACAUCCGUUCAGACAUCACCUCAACAAGCUAUCCCUCAACCGUACAUGGAUCCCAGCCCUAAAACCUCACUAGACGCCCGCAUACCCAGCUUCAGUUUUGCUGGCAACGCACAGUUCAAUCCUCUCCCCACCACAUUUGCCGAGCUCUCGCACUGGAAUCCUACCUUUUCGAUGCCUCCCCAGGACGCCCUCUCGAUGCCACCCGUUUCGGAGGCGAUAGCAUCCCCUGCCUGGAACGAGGCCUAUGCUGCUGACAGAGGCUAUCCCAUGACCGACUACCUGUACCCACAGUGGGGAGUGGAGCAGAACAGGGGCCUGGGUUUGACCCACGAACAGCAAAUGGAGCUCAUGCAGACGUUUGAGGCGAAUGAGACGGGCAAGCUUGAAGCCAUGAUUCAGCAAAGCAACCAGUUGUUCCGGCCGCAGUAUCCGACGCAUUGA